AUGAUCAGAUAUGUAUCGGAAAAUAUUAAUGAAACAUAUUCAUUUUCUUUGAUAAUUCCUUUGGAUUGUCUGGAAGAUUUAUUGAAUAAUCGGAUUUAUAAAUUUCGACAAGUUCAAUGUAUUGAUAUUUAUUAUGAGGACAAUGAUGAUGCAUUACAAAUUCAACGUUAUCUUAAUCUUAAAUAUGAAAAAUUACAGUUUUGUUCUGUACAUGAUUUACCACGACUUUUACAAAGUAUUGAAUUUAAUCAUACUCUUGUAUCAUCGAAUUUAAUUGAUCGAAAAAUGAUAAACGCCAUUAUUUCCUCAAUAGAAGAUCGUAUAUUCGCUAAACGACCAACAAUGAGGUUGGUUCAAGUUUUAUCUGUCUAUCAUGUAAAUUAG